AUGGUUUUGGCCUCUCCAAACCCUUUGAAAAUCGAGAAAAUAAGAGACGACAUCGAACUCCCGAUAAUCGACCUCCGUUGGGACCGCACACGAGCCACCGUGCAGAUCGUGAGAGCCUGCGAAGAGUUCGGGUUCUUCAAAGUCAUCAACCACGGCGUGCCGCAGGAGAUUAUCUCCCGGAUGGACCGAGAGGCCCACGAGUUCUUCUCCAGGCCCGCGCCCGACAAGCAGCGGGCGGGCCCCGCCAACCCGUAUGGAUACGGACUGAAAAACAUCGGGCUCAACGGGGACAUUGGCGAGCUCGAGUACCUUCUUCUGCAAGCAAACGCUCCCUACAUUUCGGACAAGUCCGAGUACAUUUCCACCGACCCGGAAAACUUCAGGUAUAAUAUUAAUGGUCCAUCCCUAGUGGCCAUCGAGCCGCUGCUCGCCAGAACAGAUGGCGUCGUCUUCUUCAGUGGAGAAAACUCUGACGGGAACAUCAUCCAUCCGAUGGUGGAGCGCAUGGGGUAUGAGAAUUUGAGGCUUCUAAGGAAUAGCGACACGAUCUCGAUACAUCGAGGGUUCUGUCAGUUGCGUCAAUGCUGA